AUGCGUUAUCCAUUUGCAACAUCGCCUGCGAGAUUUAAAGCUGCUGUAACAUUGGGAAUUAAUUUAACAAAAGAUCGUUUUGUUCAAGCAUGUAUGAGUAUGAGAAAAUUAGGGAGCGGUCAUUCAUUAACAUUUUGGAGUUCCGAUGAAGUUCGUCAACAAAUUGAAACAUUGAAAAAUAAAACACUUCAUAUCAAUCAUAAAAGAAGAAAAGGUGAUGGAAGGAUCACAUUGAUAGACAUUCUUCGAUGGGUUUAUGACAAUACUGAAAAAGCAACUUGGGGUGGAUUACAUUACUGGGCAACGCAAAGUCUGAGUUUUCAACGAAAAGUUUCGGCAUUUCAAUCAAUUGAUUGGAAUAAUAAUCAACAACAAUUCAGUGUUAAGCUGAUGAAAGACUCGGCAAUGGGAUGUUUAGAACCUCAAGUCAUUGAACUUAAACUUAUGUAUGGGGCUGCGAAAACAUUGCAAACCUUGCUUGAAAUACAUGAUCUCAGGUAUCAGCACACUUCUUAUCAAGUAUGUAACGAUAUUCGCGAUGCAGUAUUAAACCGACUCAAAGUUUAUGGCGGAACCAAACAGCGUUUGUCGCAGCUAUUAGAUGGAGAACAACAAAGAGAGUUGGAACAAGAAUUAGAAGAAGAACGACAAAUAGAACUUUCCCCGCCUGUUAAUCCGUGUAAGCCUAUACUGCAUGAAGAAAUAAAGCGUCUAUGUGAUAUGGAUGAUGUUGCAAUGAAUUUAAAACAAUAUCCCCAUAUAUUUCGUCAUUUGCCUUAUGCCUUAACUGGUACAACAUUGUUCAGUGACUGUCAAACCGAUAGUUGGCAGAAAAAUUUGUGGGUUUUGACUGAAUUUCAGCGUGUUAUUUCGACCCAAGGAAAAUCAUUGAAUCCAUUUUUACGUCCACUGCGGUGGAUCUUAAUCUAUCGCAACCAAGAACUAAUAUUGCUCAGUCCUUUUGAAGCUAAUUGGGUAAUGGGUCGUUUAAGUGAACUUCAUCGUAAAGGAAAACUGAUGAAUCCAGUGAGCACGACGUUGCGUUUACUAUUACCCCGUAUGAGACGAAAUCAAUCAAUUUCUAUCAAUACUCCAACUUUUACAGUCUCUCCAUUAGUUGGACUUCUGAGGCAUACUGUAGAGUUUGUCACAUCAAACGAUUGCUUAGUUCAGUUGUUUAUUUUCAAUGAUACUCUCUAUUUUGAAUCGAUUGAUGAACAAACAGCGUACUGCCAAUGUUUAAGUUUAUGUCCAAAACCACGAUCAGAACAAGAAGAAAAAGCUUUUGAACAAGGCUGGAUUGGAACAGAUGAAUUUGUCUGCGAACAUCUACAUCGUAUCCAUUUAAAUAUGAACAAUGUUCGGUUUCGAAAGAAUCUGCUAAAAUUUGUUAAACAAUUAAUCAAAACUCGAAAUAAUAUGCAUGCGCCUAUAUUUUCCGAUGUGGGCAACAUCGUUUUCAAUGCUCGUAAACCUCUUUGA